AUGUCUUCUCCAAUAAGCCCAUCUAUUCCCUUUGCUUCUUUCUUCUCAUCCAUUUGCUUUUCAGUUUCUUUCAUCCUUUUGGUUUCCUCCAUGGACACCUCAUAUGAAAUGGAACCUUUUCUAUUCCAAAACGAAUCUCCUCAUCAUGAAGAAGUAGAAGAGGAGGAUGAGUACUCAAUUAUCGCUGCAGCAGAGAUCAAAGAAUCACCACCACCACCACCAUCAUCAUCAUCUAUACCACAAAGCAGCUGCUUCACUACUUUGACCGACUCCGAUAUCAGGAAGCUCCAAACCUCUGAAAUCAACAAGGUAUCAUCUGUUCUUCUCAUACCACAAUCCGAUGCGUGCCUUUUGCUUAUCCACCAUGGCUGGAGCGCCAUGAAGGUCCACGAAGCUUGGUUCGAAGACGAGAAAAGCGUUCGAGAACUCGUUGGCUUGCUCGAUAGUAGUAACAACAUCAUCCAGAGUUCUACAUGCGAGAUCUGCUUUGAUGAUUCAGUUUGGUACAAGAAGGUGGAGUAUGCCAAGUGUGGCCAUGGAUACUGCAUCGAUUGUUGGAAGCACUACAUCGAUGAGAAGAUCCAAGAAGGUUCUCAUGAGUGCCUGAAACCGAUGCGAUGCCCUCAUCCAUCUUGUGAGGCUUCCUUGGAGAUUGAAACUGUUCGGCGAUUCGCCAGCGAGACAAACAAGAACAUGUACGAUCGUUUCUUGUUACGCUCGUAUGUCGAAACCAGAAAGAAUAUAAAGUGGUGUCCAAGUCCUGCUUGCGAUCUUGCUGUUCUUUACGAAUCAGAUGGAAACUACGCUAACAAAUAUGUUGAAGCUUGUUGCAGUAAUGAGCAUAGGUUUUGCUGGGAAUGCGGUGAAGAUGGUCAUAGACCUGUGAGUUGUGAAACGGUGGCUGAGUGGAUGAAGAAGAAUGUGGAUGAUUCUCAGAGCGUGAUUUGGAUCUCUGCUUUCACGAAGGAAUGCCCCGAUUGUGGGAUCCGCAUUGAGAAGAAUGAGGGUUGCAUGCAGAUGAUUUGCACUGUUUGUGGCUGCCGAUUUUGCUGGCUAUGUCUUUCUAAGUGGUCUCUGUGUUCCGCUUACGGUUGUAACCGUUUCUCAGCCCGGAAUACUGAGACGCCCACAAUGAACAAUGGAAAUGGCUAUUUGGACUUGGAGAGGUACACUCACUAUUAUGAACGUUGGUUUACCAACGAAUUCUCAAGGAAAAAAUCGAUUGAGAUGAUGGAGAAGUACCUGAACAAUGAGAAUAUAAGAAUCCUGUGCAAGGAAUUUGAAAGGCGUGAAGAUGAUUUUGAGUUUGUGAAGAAGGCUUGGGAAGAGGUAAUCGAGUGUAGGAAGUUGCUGAAGUGGACCUAUGCAUAUGGUUACUUCAUCCCUGAGGAGGAGAAAGCCAAGAAGGAGUUGUUCGAACACACGCAAGGCGUUGCUGAGAGUGCAUUGGAGAAGCUUCACAAGUUCGCCGAAACAAUGCUGAUGGAGAUCCUGAAUAAGAAGAAAGACGGUUUCGAUAGGAAUCGUCUGGAACUUUCUCAUCUGACCGUUGUCACCAAGAAUUUCUUUGAUAAUAUGGUGACACAAUUGGAGGAUAGAGGGCUUGAUGAUGUGAAUGUGAAGAGUUAUGGUGAAAGCUCAAGGUCCUCCUCAUUGUCUUCGUCGCCUCGAGGUGUGGUGAGGGAUGGGAUGACAGAGAUUGGUCUCCGGAAAUGCGGUUAUUGCGGUUACUACAACCUUGCCAGCACUCUAGAGUGUCCCUGCAUUGAGAAGAAAUACCAGUGCUGGACCUGUUCUCGUGAUCCUCCUGUGAUUUGGUGUCCAUUGCGUAUGGUUAAUUAA